AAGAUACAAAGACUGUGAGAGAGAGCAAUUAAUUAAUUCGAGCUGAUUACCUGAAGAAAAUUCAUCAAGCACCAAAAAAAUAAAUAAAUAAAUAAAAAUGCUGUCUCUACUCUGGCUACGUAGCAGUUUAAUCCAGACAGAGACUGCAAGAUAAGAAAAAAAAAUUGUGCAUAUUUCCAUCUUCUUCUUCUUCACCGGAAAAUCCCUUAGCUUCAUGUGAAAAAAACAGAAUUUUAAUUCUCAGUUUUACAGAACCAUACUUACAUUUGGUGGAAAGGGUAGUGAAGAUGCGGAAUAUGGCUAGUUCUGCCUCGCCGAAAGGCAUCGCCGCCAUUGUUGGCGUCGGCCCCAAACUCGGCCGUUCCAUUGCCCGCAAAUUCGCCCACGAAGGAUACACCGUCGCCAUCCUCUCCCGUGACUUAGGUAGAUUAUCAAGAUUUGCUGAUGAGAUAGCUAGAGAUGAAAAGGCGCAAGUUUUUGCAAUCCGAAUCGAUUGCUCGGAUUCUCGAAGUAUAAAGGAGGCGUUUGAGGGGGUCCUUUCCUUGGGUUUUGUUGAAGUCCUUGUUUACAAUGCAUAUCUACCCGUUUCGUGGCCGCCCACAAGUUUCACCGACAUUAGAGUCGAUCAUUUCGAAAAAUCCCUCGCCGUCUCCUCCGUUGGCGCCUUCCACUGCGCUCAACAGGUACUUCCAGGAAUGGUGGAGAGAGGGAGAGGGACGAUUCUCUUCACAGGAUGUUCAGCUUCUCUUAAUGGCAUUGCCGGUUACUCCCAAUUAUGUUGUGGGAAGUUUGCGAUGAGAGCCUUAUCUCAAUGCCUCGCAAGAGAGUACCAACCUAUUGGAGUACACGUGGCUCACAUAAUCAUCGACGGCAUUGUCGGCUCACCUAGGGCGGCCGUGAGUGCAUCAAGUUUGGUACCAAAUUCAUCGUCGGUUGGAGAGCAACAACAAAGCGUAGGGGACGGGAUGUUGGAUCCGGAUGCGCUGGCUCAGACUUAUUGGCACUUGCAUGUUCAGGACCAGUCGGCCUGGACCCAAGAAAUCGACCUCCGUUCCUCCUCCUCCUCCGGCCCCAGACUUUUCUGAAAGCAAGAAUUUCCAACCCGUUACAUUCUUCUAUCCCCAUUCAUGUCUCUGCUGGUCUUUCCCAGGUGGAUGUGUUGUGUUUGAUUCUUGUAAUUGGUUUGUUAGUAAUUUAAGUAUUCGACAGUGCGAUAAUUGUGUGUUUUCUAGCCGUAUUAGUAUUGAAUAGUACGAAAUAUUCUAGCGUGUAAAGUUGGUGUGAUGAUUUUUCCUGGAGAGGGAGAAUCCAAUAGAAAAAAUAAUGGACAGCAGGGGGAUUCGUGUUCUAAUUUGGUACACACAAAGUUACGAUUCAAGGAGGGUGCAAACAAACAUCUAUUAUUCACAAUACUCUGCUUUUCAGAACAGUGCAUAUGAUAGGUUAUACUCUGAAUCUAUAAAAGUUAACAAGUCCUUGUCCAUCUGGGAAAUUUCUUUAAGAUCCAUCAUUGGUGGGCUACGUUGGUGUCGAUGAAUUUGUGAGAGAUAUUUAUGGACGCCUCGAUGAUCUUUUGGAGUCUUGUCCAGAAUUUUCUUCAUCGUAACGCUUUUGGCGUACUUGUAAGUUUGAGAAGAUUGUAACAUUUUCCAUUGUAAAUUUCUUUUAUUAUCUGUAAUUUUUCUCCAAUUUUGAAGUUUUCCACGUAGGUAUUAAUA